AGAUCUGGAGAAAAAGUGGGUGGUGGCUAUAGUUGGUGAAUUUGGACUAGAACAGAUUAUUACAGACCUUCAUGUUGUACUGGGCAGACUGCUCUCAAAGACAAUGGAGCAGGUUUAUGUAAGCUACCCGAGCCUUGAUGAAAAUAAACGACAUGGCGCACAGCAAGCCGGCACACAGUCAGAAACCACACAGGACAAGUUAAUUAUCUCUAAUGAGCGCCCUUGGAAACCAUGGCGAUCUGCCCGAUCACGGAUCAGAGGCUGGGCCAUACGUGUGCAGAAUGCUAUGCUGUGUCUCGCUGGACUGGAGUGGUACUGCUACGUUGCUCUGGGAGUUCUCAUGGCUCUCAUGAGCUUCGUGAUGGACCUGACUGUGGCCAAGCUUUUGAGAGCCCAUCACUGGCUAUACAGUUGUCUGGAGGGUCACAAACUGCUGCAGUUCCUGUGCUGGACGCUGUACCCAGCCUGCCUCUGUGCUCUCUCCACCAGCUUCUCUCACAGCAUCUGUCCCCAGUCUGCAGGUUCAGGUCUGCCUGAGAUGAGGGCGAUUCUGUCAGGUGUGCAGCUGCCAGACUACCUGUCGCUCUCUAAUCUGUUUGCUAAGCUGGUGGGUCUGAUCUGUACACUGUCUGCAGGCAGCAGUGUGUUCCUUGGAAAAGUGGGUCCAUUUGUGCAUCUGUCCAACAUGGUGGGAGCAUACUUGCACCGUAUGUAUGCAUCUGCUUGUGGCACAAAACAGAGGAGAACUCAAGGAGACAUGCUGGUAGUGGCAUCAGCAGUGGGCGUGGCCAGUUGUUUCGGUGCUCCAAUCAGCGGAGUGCUGUUCAGUAUAGAGGUGAUGGGCAGUCAUUACUCAGUGCGGGAUUACUGCCCGUGUUUCUUCGCCGCGGUCUGUGGAGCUCUCUCCUACCGCCUGCUCGCUGUCUGCAGCGGGGAGCAAGAAACAGUGAAUGCCUUGUUUAAGACCAGGUUCCCCACAGAGAUCCCGUACCAGCCUCCUGAAAUACUUUUCUUCGCUCUGCUUGGGCUGCUGUGUGGAGCGGUGAGCUGUGUUUACUUAUUCAGCCAUCGCUGGAUUCUGAGAUUUGUCCGGGCAAACAAACUCAUCAGCAGGUUUAUAGCUACAGAGAAAACCUUGUAUUCAGGAUUUGUAGCGUUCCUCCUGGCCUUAGUGACCUUCCCUUACUCUGCAGGAUCUUCCAUGGCCUCUCAGCUUACAAUGAGGCAGCUCAUUUGCUCCUUGCUAGAGAGUACCCAGUGGAACUCCAUUUCCCACAAUGCCACACUGCUGGAAGAAUCUCAACAGUCUCUUUGGCAGGAGUGGAGUCCUCCUGGAAGCAGUGUUUAUAAAACCCUUGGCUGCUUUCUUAUAAUUAAGCUCUGGCUACUGGUCUUGGCCUGCACCUUGCCUUUGCCUGCCGGCUACUUCAUGCCUGUCUUUAUUUAUGGCGCUGCUUUAGGCCGGUUUCUGGGAGAGGGAUUGGCCUAUCUGUUCCCAAAUGGAAUCUCACCAGACACUCUGAGUGUGAUAAACCCAGGGGGCUACGCUUUAGUGGGAGCUGCAGCUUUUGCAGGGGCUGUGACACACACUCUUUCACCAGCUCUCUGCGCUCUGGAGAUGACUGGUCAGUCUACUCAUGUCAUACCUAUCCUGAUAGCCACACUGAUCUCCAACGCAGUGUCGCGCUCAAAGCACCAGCCGUCCUUCUAUGACGGCAUUUCCCUCAUUAAGAAACUGCCACACCUGCCGUCCCUCAUCAGAGCCUGUCCAAAGCUGUCCUCGGUCCAGAUCGGGCGCUUCGUGGCACCAGCAGGGGCCGUUCUACAGCGAGGAGAGAAAAUGGCAGGAGUGGAAAAUGUUCUGAACAACAGCACAGAAUCCCAGUUCCCUGUAGUGGACACUCACGAAUCCCCCACUCUCCUGGGAACAGUGACCAGAGAUCAACUACAGGCCUUUUUGCUUGAAAUCCAAACUGAGGUUUUGUGCAAAAGUCUGGAAGAUGUGUGCCAUAUUAAACCUGCCACGCUGCAACUUUCCCCUGAAACUACAGUAAAGCAGGUUCACUGUAUCAUGAGUGUGGUGAGAGAGCAGCGAGUGUUUGUCACGGAGAAUGGCAAGCUGUGUGGCCUCAUCACAUGGAAAGAGAUGAAGAGCAUGAUUGAGGAAUUGGCUGAAGAGAUCUGAGGCCUGGAUGGAUAAAACAACCCUGUUCUGAUCAUCAAAGAUUCAUUUUUCACUUUAUAACUUGACACAAUCGUUUUCUCAGACUACAUCAUCAAACACUGAUUCGCCCUCAUCAUCAUGUUCAUAUGCAGAUAGAAAUACGUCCAUGCAAAUGGGCUUAUCUCUGGAGACUGUUGCUGGCAGGCAGCCUGUUUCCUGGAACUGCAACAGUAGGAGCUCUUUAUUUGGUUCCAUGACUAAGGAGGCUGGCUGUUCUGCGUGUCCUGUUUAUAGGCCUGAGGGCAGGACCGGUGAUAAAGAUUUAUUAAAAUCAGCCACGUGUACCCAGCCCUAACUGAGGAGAUGAGGGAGUGUAAUUAAAUGAAGCAGCCGUUCAGCACCAGUCACGCUAUCAGUCUUGCAGAAUGACCGCCCCUGGCCAGCCUAACCCAGCGAUACGAUGACACUGAUUUUCUUUAUGAUUGAGUGUCUGUGACCAAGCACUGUGAUUAACGGCCAAAUAACCAUCGGAAAUAAAACAAAAAUGUUCAACGAAAGCUCUGCUUUUAUCAGUGUGAACCUGAUGUUCGGAAGUGUGUGAAUUAGACAUCAGCAGUUUUCACCAAAGGUGAGACAAUUUGCACCUUUUGAAUAUAUGGUUCCAAUAUGGUAUAUGUGUGUUAAAUAGUUUUAAAUAGAAUCAUGCUUGUAAAAGAGAUACGAGUGUGGAGAACUGUGCUGAAAUCCAAAAUUCUAAGAACCUCCAUAUACAGCUCUGGAAAAACUUAAGAGACCACUUCCUAUUUAUAGGUUUAUGUUUGAGUAAAAUGAACAUUGUUGUUUUAUUCUAUAAACUACAGAAAACAUUUCUCUCAGAUUCAAAAUUAAAAUUGUCAUUUAGAGCAUUUAUUUGCAGAAAAUGAGAAAUGGCUGAAAAAAAAAACAAAAAAAGAUGCAGAGCUUUCAGACCUCAAAUAAUGCAAAAAAAAAAAAAAUUCAUAAAGUUUUAAGAGUUUAGAAAUCAAUAUUUGGUGGCAUAACCCUGUUUUUUAAUCACAAUGUUCAUGCAUCAUGGCAUAUUCUCCUCCACCAGUCUUACACACUGCUUAUGGAUAACUUUAUGCCAUUCCUGCUGCAAAUAUUCAAGCGGUUUAGCUUGGUUUGAUGGCUUGUGAUCAU